CGCGCCGGACCGGCCGGGCUCGGGGUGUCCGGGGCGUCGGGCUGUCAGGAGGCUGCGUUCAGGGCCCGCGGCCGCGCCUCCGGCCCCAGGGCAGGAAUUGGCUUCAUCCCGCUGCCGCUAAGAAGAGCCUCCAGGACUGCUGCGGUUUCCCGGCCGUUUUCCUUGUGUCUCUAGUCCAAGCACCGUGGGUCCGGUUUCUGGCUUGACUGCCCGCUACCUGUCUCUUCUCCCUCAGAGGUGUAUGUGUGGCCUCAGCGUGGCACAGCAGACCCAAGGCAGAUGAGCCGCGAUGUCUGCGUCCACUCCUGGUCCUGCUCCUACUACUUGGCCCUUGAGAAGCGAUGGGUCCCUGGGAGACUGUCCUUGACGCCCCGCACGCUGAAGUUCACAGCGGACAGGGCUGGAGAGGUGCUCGUGGGCUUGCCCCUCGCCAGCGUCGUGGAGAUCCGGAAGGAAACCUCGCACUUCAUCUUCAGCGCCAUCACCAUCCUCGAGAGAGGCCACCUCAAGCACUGGUUCAGCUCCCUGCGGCCCAGCCGCAAUGUGGUCUUCAGCGUCGUGGAGCACUUCUGGAGGGAACUGCUGCUGUCCCGGCAGGGCACGGCCACAGAGCUGGCCUCCUCCACCCCAGCGAGAGGGCAGGAGCUGAUUGGGCUGAUGACCAGCUCCCAGAGGCGCCUGGAAGACACAGCCAAGGUCCUGCACCACCAGGGCGAGCAGUUGGACAGUGUCAUGAAGGGCCUGGAGAAGAUGGAGUCAGACCUGGAUGUGGCUGACAGAUUGCUGACGGAACUGGAGUCUCCGUCCUGGUGGCCCUUCAGCUCCAAGCUGUGGAAGACGCCAGAAGAAGCAAAGCCCAGGGAAAUUGCCCCUGUGGCUACCAGUGAGCCCUGUGGGAAGGAAGGGGUUGUGAUCCAAGUCCCCGCGGUGGUCUCUGGGAGAGCAGAGUCUCACACCCAGCCUGGACAGCUCACUGUCCUGGUGUCUGCGCUGGAAAUCCAUGACUCCAACGCCACGCUCCUGCACAGGUUCCGGAGGGGAGAGGUGGACAGCGUGAGGGUCCACUCGCCCUACGAAGUGAGCGUGCGCCAGCGCUGCAUCGGGAAGCCCGACGUGGCUUUCCGCCUGCUGUCAGCCAGGAUGCCAGAGGUCAUCCCCGUUUUAGAGGUGCAGUUCAGCGAGAAGGUCGAGCUGCUGGGAGACGCCGCGGGACUUUCGAGCUCAGGACCCGCAGAUACUGAGCAAGCUGAAAGGGCUGGCGCUGGACACCGAGGCAGAGCUGGAGCGACAGGACGUGGCCUUGGACGGCAUCACCACCGCUGUGGAGCAUGCCACCCUGACCACGGACAAGCACAUCCGGCGCAUGAAGCGGCUGGCCUAGGAGCACCUGACUACAAGGCGGCUGCCGCUGGCGUUGUGUGUCCCUUGCUCAGGCCGGAGGCUGGCCGGGGUGGGGCCCUGCAGCCAACGGCAGUGUGCACAGCCCUCACGCCUGCUGCCUGCGGCUGUGUGCUCCACUGUCCAAGUCUGUGUCUGCACCUUUUUCCUGCUCCCGAGGCACUGGAGAAAGACUGCAGUCCUUGGGAGGCAGGUGUGACUGCCUGUCCCGGGUUCGCUUCAGCAGCGCGGGCCCUGUGUCCCCGCCUGUCCCUCUGGUGGCCCUCGUCUCCUGCUGAGUAACUGCCCAGCGCAUGUCCAGGGCAGCCGGCAGCACCACCCCGCUUUACCCAGGAGCAGAGGCACAAGCCCCGAGUUGACCGCUGCCCAGGCCCCGGGAGCAAGGAGGGUGCAGGCAGAGCAGGCUCCAAGCACCGCUGACGCGCGUCCUUGCUGCACGUGCUUCCAGGGCGUGCAGGCGUCAAGGGCCCUAUUUUGGGGGUCUCCCUCCAGCCCCGCCCAGCAGGCCUGUGGCCGUUCACAGAUUUAGUGGACACACAGUGACAGGCACGAGUCAUGUGACAGCCACACCUGUGCGCACACAGCGAUGCUAGCAGGGCGAGAGGUGUUUCCACCCCCGACACUGACCACACCCUGGCACUGGGGCCUCUGCGGCUCCGCUCCCACCCAGUUCUUCUUGGAAUCCCGACAAGCGGCUGUGAACACUGCCCCGCCCUGCGCUAUGGGCCUUGAGGCCUCCCUGCCUGCCCCACCUCCUCUCCGAGCUGGGGUCGCGGGCGGCGGCUGAGGUGCCUGACAGAGGAACAAGGACUGGCCUUCCUGCGGCCUGCUCGCACCGUUCAGCGGCUAUCUCCAGGCACACCCACGUUGUUAGGAGUGGCAGGACGCACCCUUGUUGGGGCCGAGAGGCGUUCCACAGAGUGCACCUGCCACGCCGUCCUCCCCUCCACGUGGGCCCAACCGGGCGGGCGGGAGGAGGGGCGAGGGAAAGGUGCCACGAAGCGGGGUUACAGGGUGGCUGCAGCAAGCCACGUACUGCGUUUUUCAGAGGAGCUGCAAGAGGGGAUCGGAGUGGGAAAACGAUGCCAUUGAGGAGAGGGGAAGCAGUUGCCCUGGCCGCUGUCGUGCACAGGAGACGUGUGCGGAGGUGUGCGCUGCAUGCCCCUCAAGCACAGUUCCUGUGCCGAGGAGGCAGGGCGUAGGAGGCUGGGAACUCCACAGCGACGCCCUCCCGACCCCACAGCAGCACACAGACCUCGGCAGGAAGGAGCCGUGCCAGCCGCGGAGCCCCCGUGCAUGUGGGGGUGUGUGACGGGCACUCACCGUCACACAGCCUCCCUGUGCAUGUGGGGCAAGCGCCUCGCCCGCAAGGAGCCCCGGGCCCCUCACUGCGGGGUGAGAGAGGCGGGCAGCCUGGGCAAAGCUGCACCGUGCCGGGCUCGCUGAUGCCGCUGUGUCCUUCCAUGCCCGGCUCUGGGCCUGCAGGAGGCUGUGUCUGCUGCUGGAGGAGGCUCCAGGGGAGCUUCCUGGCAAGGGGGACAGUGUGGGAUGUAGCCAGCCGCCCAGGAGACCCAAAGAGGGGCACUGGCAGUGAGUCACGGCUGGACCAGGGUCUGCAGCCACGCGAGGCUUCGGACCCUGCAGUUGUGGACAGCGAGUGCAGAGGCUGGGGCUGUGCGCCCUCUCCAGCCGUCUGGGAUGUCCGUCUCUCGGAGCCCCCGUCUCCCCGCUGAGGUUGGACUGUGUUUGCUGAAGGUGGGUCGGUCUGACCCGUGUGUUAGUCAUGUUGGUACAUGUGAGCAGGGUCUGAGGAGGGGCAGAGAGGGAGGGUCCCCCAUGGCGUCAGGGGGGAAGGGCUGGGCUAGCAGCCGGCUGUGGGGCCUGCAGGGCCUGCAGCAUGCAGCAGUGUGACCAGGCAGCCGAGUGUCAGCGUCGUGCUGUCGGGCUCCCCGGCCUCCCGAGCUGAGCCCAGUAAAACUUACAGAUGAGCCGGCGUUGUGGUUUGAACGCUGGCCAGUCCUUGUGAGACUUGCCGAAAGUAACUCCAUCGAGUAUUAUGUGUGGAGGUCUGCCCGCACGAUGAAUCCACUCCUGCCGUGGCACUGGUGGGGUCACCAGUGGGUGGCAGGGUCUCACACCAUCGCUUCCCAGACGAUGGCCUGGGCUGCCGGCAGCUCUGCCAGUGGGAGGGCAUUGCCACGCCCAGCCUUUCCACCUCACCCCGGAGUGUGGGGCACCCCGCUUCUUACAGCUCACUCGGCCUGCUGUGCAUUAGCCUUGGAAGACGGUCGAAGCCUCCAGCACCGUCUCCCGCACAGGUCAGAGAGGAGCGGGUGCAGACCUCGAAAGAGCACCUGCCUGGGGGCUCGGGGAGGGAGCGUGUCGCAGGAUCGUCCACCGUGGUCCUGAAGCCGGCCACGGAUGUGGCCCACGCUCUGGCCACCUGGCUGCUGCUCGCUGCUGUGGUGUGGGCGUGCGGGUGGCAGGGUCACCUUGGCAGCGUGUGGCUGGUGCGUGCGGCCUUGGGCCCUCAGAGGGCAAGGGGCAGGACCCAAGGUUCCUUGCAAAAAGCGUGUGGGCUGUGGGCCUUUGGGUAUGGCUCUUCGGACACGAGGAUCCCAGGCUUGAGGGCCUAGCUGGGAGCUUGUAGGAUGAGGUCCAGGGAGGUGCCCUGCAGGAAGCAGAUUGGAGCUGCCCUUCAGGUGCGUCUCAGGUGCAGGGUGGGUGGGAACGGCUCUUGGGGACACCCUGUGAGGGAGCGGUGGUGUGCCAAGUGGGCCCUGGUCAUUGCUCAGCAGAGGGAGCUUACCCUGUGCUGGGGUACAGUGGGGUGCCUGCAUGACAGUCUGUCCUGGGAGAGGGCUGUGCACCUUCACAAGGGGAGCGUCAGACCCAGCAUGCUGGGCCCCUGUCCCUGUGGCCCAGGGAGAGCCGCCUGCAGAGCGGGGCAAGGGCAGCCAGGGUUGGGAGGGGAGGCAGAGAGCAGGGCAAGCACAGGGACCAGCAUGGGACCGAGCGAAGGGCUGGGCCCUGAGGGCCGGGGAUACCGCCAAGCAUUGCAAGCAGGAGCACAGUCACGGAGGCUCACUUGACGUAAUGCCCUGCCAGGCGUGAUGGCCCAUGCCUGUAAUUCCAGCGCUCAGGAAGCUGAGGCAGGGGGAUUGCUGCAAGUUCGAGGACAGCCUGGGUUAUGUAGUGAGACCCUGUCUCAAGAAACAGACAUCGUGCUUCUGUGCCCAGACCUAACCUCGUGCCCACCGUAAAGAGCACACAGCCAGCAGAGGGAGCUGCUGGGCAGCCUGGCCGGCCAGCUGGCGCGGGUGCACAGGGCCAGGUCAGUGUCACAGGGCAGGACUGGGAGGUGCAGCGUGGUGUGGGUACGCUGCGACAGGGCUCACGCUGUGGGGGUCUCGUUCACAUCACGAGACUCGGUGGAACCCUGAGUCCCCUCACUCUCCGGGGACACACUGUUGGAGUGGGGGCUGCCCGUGCCCUCUCACUUGCCAGGCUUGUGACGGGCCCCGUCCUUCUGUGCCCGGCCUCUCCAAAUGCUCCGUAUUUCGUUAUGCAUUUCUUUUUUUUUUUUUUGUACCAGGAAUCAAACUCAGGACCUUGCACUUGCCAGGCAGGCGCUGUGCCCCUGAGCUAUAUCCACAGCCUCAUUAUGUGUUUCUUCUAGUCUGGUAUUCAAGAGGGUUUGCCAGGCCGCUUUUUAGGGCAAAAUUCUCCUUUCCACAAUCUGAACCUGUGAUGGCAUCUUGCCGUCAUCGUUUUUAUCAAAAAGGAAAAAAAUGGAGUUGAGAAAGCAGUCACAACUUGCCCUGUCCAGUAAACCUUUGAGGACACUGGCAUCACCCUUCUGCCCGGGCAGUAAGGAGCUGAACAUGGUGGAACACCCCCUCUCCGCGGUCUGCCUGGAAACGCACGUCACUGGUCCCCCACACCGGGAGGGCAGCGGUAGAGAGCUUUCCCCGCACUGGAGCGGGAGCCCAGGAUAGAGUCCCUCACGGGCCGGAGUUCGGCAAAGACCCUGAGUCAUGUUUGACAAGUGGCUGGGGGCUGACCGCACGUCUGAGAGAGGAAGGGGACCCUGGCCUCUUGCAAGCGCUCCUCCCAGCACUCAGCCCGGUUCUCAUGGCAGAGGUGGUCAGAGAUCCCUUUGACUCCUGAUGGGGAGGUGUCAGUGGCAACCUCAAAGUACCCCACUGGGUCCUUUCCAAGAUCCGGCUCAGAUGAAACUUUUAGCAGGGCCUGACCCCUGCAGGAAAGGAGAUGCCCAAUUCCAUGCUCUUCUGGCAGUCCAUUCCUACACAAGGGGCGCGGAGGCCUGACAAGCACUUGUGAGAGACUUUGUCAUGGGCCUAAAAAACAGCACCCCCCGCAACACGCUACCACCACCUCACUAACACCCUGUGUGCAGCAGUGCUCCCCGCCCAGCACGUCACGUCCACUCUUCAACACAAAACUGAAAGGCAUGCUAGAAGGUCCAAAGUACAGACGGAAGAGACUGAGCCAGCAUCAGAGCCAGAGCCGGGUGUGGUGGGAGUGUGGGAGUUACCAGGCCAACAUUUUGCAAAAGCUACAAUGAAUAUGAUAAUGGCUCUUAUGCUGAAGUCCACAGUGCACAAGGACGUGUGAGUAAUAUAACGAGGAAAGUGCGCACUAAGGAAGACUGAAAGCACCGUUAACGGUCGUGAAGAGGACCUCCGACGGCUCGUCAGUAGGCUGGAGAGCGCCAGUGAGCUGGGUGGUAUGACAGUAGAAAUUUCCAGAACAGAGGCAGAUGGAGCAAUGUGAAACGAGGACAGAACACUCAACUGUGGGAUGACUACAAAUUACAACAUAAUGAGCGGACCAAAAGGAGAAGGAACGAAGAGAAAUUCUUGAGGUGGUAAUGACUGAGAAUUUCCCCAAGUUAACGUGAAAUACAAAACCGCAGAUCCAAGACUCUUAGGGCAGUAAGCAGGACAAAUGCCGAAACUACUCCUAUGCAUAGCAAAUUCAAAAGCAAAAAUAGGAGAACUCAAAUGGGAAAAAACGUGAAGCCAGAAUAAAAGACCACUUUACUUACAGAGCAGCAAACAUAAGCACGUCUGGCUUCAGAGAGCCAUGCAAGCAAGGAGAAUGCAGGAAGGUGUUAAAGAGAAGUAAAACGCACGACCUAGAAGUCUGAGUCCUGUGAAGCUGCCCUUCAAACGGGUGGGAGAAGUAAAGCUUUCCUCAGACAGACAGAGAUGGAGAGUUUUCGGAGAGGCCUUGCUGGAAAUCUUCGAAGUUGUUCAGAGAGAAAGAUCAGGAUUUCAUAAUGAAAGGGAGCAUUUCAAGAAUGGAAAAGGGGGAAGUGAAAUAAAAACACUUAUUUUUUAAAAUAUUUUAGUUGAUCUACCAUAUAACAGGUUAUUAAGUGAAACAUAAUGUAAUA